AGAUGCUCUCUACACUAAAUAUGCAUAACCAAAAUCUAGAACCAGUCAAAUUUAUUAUUUAGUAAUAAAUUCUUCAAGGAGAGAAAAAAAAAAUCCUUGAAGAGAAACCCACAUUCAUUCUUUUCUAUGCAAGCUCAUUGGCAUGAGAACUGUUUUAAAAAAUCAUUUUAUUUCCUAUGUAUGAAGCUUCCACACUAAGUAGCGACAGACACUUGGUUUUUUAUUCUGGUAAAAAUCAAUUUAAACAAACCUAUCAUUUUCUUAGCAAUCAUAUUUACCAAACUAUCCAUGUAAGAGUUUAAACCAUAACAUUUUACUCCAACAUAAACCCUAAAAACACUUCUUCCUUCCUCAUCUUAGUCGCCACACUCUUCUCUCUGUUUGACCCCCUCCUUUUUGAAGCUCUAACUGCCACACUUAUCAACCAUGACACUCUUCUUCCAUUGACUUUUGAAGCUUUGCCGCAAGCUUCAUAGACCAAACUACCCCAUUGUUCUCCUCACCCAAACUGCUUCUCUCUUGGUCAUUUUGGGUCUCUCUUGGUUGAUUUGAGUCUUGAACGUUUCAAAGAACAACACAUUGUUGAAUGAUUUUACUACUAUUUUUAGAGAUGCCAUACUGUUUAUUGAUGAAUGCACUUGCUAAGACUGGACAGAUCAAUGAAGCUAAAUCAGUUUUUGAUGAAAUGCUUGAGAAAUGCGUUAGCUCAGAUGGUUAUUCCUACAGUGUCAUGAUUUCAGCAUUCUGUAGAGGCGGGCUUUUGGAAGAAGCAAAGCAGUUGGCCAAGGAUUUUGAAGCAAGAUAUGACACAUACGACUUGGUGAUGUUUAACAUUAUGCUCUGUGCUUACUACAGAGCAGGCGAUAUGGAGAGCGUAAUGGAAAUGUUAAAGAAAAUGGAUGAAUUAGCUAUCAGUCCUGAUUAUAAUACCUUUCAUAUCCUAAUAAAACAUUUCUGUAAGGAGAAGUUGUAUUUGCUUGCUUACCGAAUGACAGUGGACAUGCACAAUAAAGGCCAUCAAUUAGAUGAGUGGAUGAUCACAUCUGUUACUUUGUACCGUAUCCUUAGAUCACGUCUGACUUUGAGUUUCUCAUUUGUGACGAUAUUUUAA